AAUCUUUGUGGUGCCAAUAUCGCGGCGCCCUUCAUCGUACAUCGGUCUUCGUUUCUUGCUUAUGGUGGGAGAGAAAUACAUAUAGUGAGAGAGAGAGAGAGCGCGUCGAUUUGGAGAGGAAAAGAGCAGCCUUGCGCCGAAAUUUCUCUGCCUUAUUAAGCAGUGAAUUGUCAACUACUAACCUUCAAGGUAUACAUUCCUUGUAGGCAAAAAUCCUACUCUCUUAUUUUCAGAGCAUGUGCUGAAUAUAAGACUUCCAAUGGUUGCUUCAGAGUAUUUAUCACCAUGGUUCAGCGUUGCUCCAAUGAUGGAUUGGACAGAUAGUCAUUAUAGAACUCUUGCUCGACUUAUUUCCAAGCAUGCGUGGCUGUACACAGAGAUGAUUGCUGCAGAAACUAUUGUUUAUCAGAAAGGAGAUUUGGAUAGAUUCUUGGCAUAUGCUCCUGAUCAACAUCCUAUUGUGCUUCAGAUCGGUGGAAGUAAUUUAACUAACUUGGCAAAAGCAACUGAACUAGCGAAUCAAUAUGGAUAUGAUGAGAUUAACUUCAACUGCGGAUGCCCUAGCCCUAGGGUUGCUGGGCGUGGUUGCUUUGGUGCACGUCUUAUGCUUGAUCCAAAGUUUGUUGCGGAGGCUGUGUCGGUUAUUGCUUCCAAGUCAGAUGCUCCUGUCAGCGUUAAGUGCCGGAUAGGGGUUGAUGAUCGUGAUUCAUAUAACGAGCUCUGUGAUUUUAUCCAUACGGUUUCUUCUCAAUCACCAGCCAGGCACUUCAUUAUACAUUCAAGGAAAGCGUUACUCAAUGGAAUCACCCCUGCUGAAAAUCGAAAAAUUCCUCCGCUUAAAUAUGAAUUCUUCUACGCUCUCUUGCGAGACUUCCCAGACCUGAGGUUUACUAUUAAUGGAGGCAUAAAUGGUGUGGAUGAGGUAAAUGACGCUCGACAGGAAGGAGCUCAUGGAGUCAUGGUUGGACGAGCAGCUUUUUACAACGUUUGGCAGGUUUUGGGACAUGUUGAUACAGCUAUUUAUGGUGCAUCUCCCAGUAAUAUUACAAGGCGUGAGGUUAUUGAAAAGUAUCUAGUUUAUAGUGAUUCUGCUUUCCAGAAGUAUGACAAGAAAGAAAGUGUAAGGGAAUUGGUCAAGCCUCUAAACGGGAUUUUCCAUUCUGAGCCUGGAAAUAGCUCGUGGAAGCGGAAAGCUGAUGCUGCUUUGCUGCAUUGCAAGACGUUGAGAUCUGUUCUUGACGAGGCUCUGGUGGCCAUACCGGAUUAUGUAUUGGAUUCGCCAAUUGGUGAGAUGCCAUCCGGUAGAAAAGGUAUAUUUGCUAUACCAAAAAGUCUGUUACCUCCACCAUAUGAUUAUAGAGAAGAAGAAACAGAGCAGGAGCUUUUGCUGACUUAAUUCCUUUUAGAAAAUUAUUGUACUAUAUUUUGAUUUCCAUUCAAAAUUUGCAAAAUUUUCUUUUAAAAUGGUCUGAAUACGAAGAUUCAAAAUUAUAAUUUUAUGGACAUAGGUGGUUAUGUAAAACCUAUAAGCU